AAAAAAUCGAUGGUGAUGUGGUUUUUCUAAUGUUUCGUCUUCGUGCUAUCCCCGACUUUGAUGACUAAGUUUUAUCUUCAUUUAUUGGUCACAAUGUUCUUGUUUUCUAUAGCAGCUCCUACAACUACCAAAUUAGUACCGCUAAGAUUUCUCGUUCAUCAAUUCCUACAUUUAUGUUUCCUGCUACUUGGCAGACUGUCAUCUACUAGUCUUACUUUUUUGCCUUCUUGACGGCAGAAGUAGAUAGACCUCGAGUCGAUGUCUGUGCACACGACAAGAAAAGCAUGACGUAAUCUCUUGUCAGAGCAGACACACCCUGAGCGAAGAAGCGGUGGCAGUCGAGGAAAUGCUGCUCUUCCCUUCCUUUUUCCGGUGGCCUGAAAGUGUCAGUGCCCUACGUCCUCGUCGAGGAGAGCGGAGAGGUGGACUCCUUUGGCGGGUUGGUCAGUCUGCAUUCCGAUUGGGUGAUACAGUUUCACUAUUGUCGUCGGCAUUUUCGUUGACCCCGUUGCAGAUCGGUCUUUAUCAUGCUGCUGCGAGGCAGGUAGAGCGCAGGGAUGAUCAGGGUACAACAGAUUUCUCUAAUGGUAAUUGGAUUAUUGUUCGACUGAGCUUUUUUGUAUCAAUAUUAAGUGUUGACUUAAAUAAAUUUAAAAGAUCGUUGUUUUUAUUAUCCAUUUUUGAGAAGUCCUCAUGAUCCUCUUUUUGAGAAGUCGGCAAGCUAUCAGACUAACGGGUGUCACAGGGUCACGAACUGAGCUACGACCGGUGUUCUGCAAUCCCAGAUCCGAAAGGGAGGAGCUACUGCUGGAAGAACACACAAAGGAAAUUUUGGAUGAAAGGACAAGGGUGGCGAAAUACUGCGAAGAUGCAUUGCUAGUGCCUACCUUAGCGUGUCCGGCGAAAAUGCGAGAGGAUGAAGCAGGAAUAGAGGCGAUCUACGGCAAGCAAACAAAGGAGAUUCGGAUGAGCAAGUGGAGUUUGGCUAUGCCGUCGCGUACGAUUCUGAAACUCAAGCGACAUGGAUCGUUAAAAUUUCGGAGGUGUCGAAGCCUUUAGCCACUGAACAGUGCAGGACUCACGUUGGUAAGCAAGACCCGGGCGCUUAUUCGACGUGGUUUGCCAAAACGAAAACGCAAGUGCUACUGCGUGCGACUGUAAGCGUGCUGAUCCGGAAUCUUGGUGAGCAGGCUUCAGGCUCCAAAAUCUUGGUCUACAACUUUGCGGAUUCACUUCAUAAACGUGCAGUGAUCGCCCGAGAAUUCUACUUGCUGGCCGCGUCGUCCAAAGUCGCCACAGUUGUCGCUCCUCCUCCUUUCUACGUCGAACAAGCAUGGCGAGGUGCAUGGGCUCCGAAGACAGUCCUACCGGCUGAAGAUGAUGUGCGGUUAUGCCAUUUUGAGCCUAGCUGUCGCACGGUCAAAGUCGAGGAGCCUCUUGCGGUUCAGCUAAAGGAGAAGAUAAAGGAAAUCGGUGGUAUGCUUUUGACACCUGCAAAAUUGCGAAAGGAAAUAAAAGUGGCACUCGAAGUUCCACAAGACGAAGCUACAGGUGAAGGGGAAGAUGGAAGUGAAAGAACUAAGGAACCUGUAGGUUGAAAGGUGCAGUCGUAGAGGGUGGCAAAAAAUGAAAGAGCGUGCAUUUGAAAAGCCUUCAAGGUAAAAAUGGGCUUCUACUUCUUACGCCAUUGCUGAAAAAUAUUGUGUACUAGAAGUGAAGGCACUUUUUUUGGUUGUGUUGUAGUUAUAACUUGUAAAAGGACAAUAGUUGAAGAAAGCUUGGCUAAAAGUUAAGUUGUUGUUGCGAAACUGAAGUAAGUUCUAAACUGUUGAAGGCCACGAGUUUCAAGUAAACUCUAUCAAAAGGUGUUGAGAAAGAGGCUGUUGUAAGUUGAAUAAAAGGUAGAUGCAGGAAAGGACUGGAUUGUUGAAGGACACUUACGACUGGGGGGGAUGAAUGAAAGGGGUUGGAAGGAUAAAGGGUUAGAAAAAGUCAGAAGGGGAUGCUGACAAGAGGCAAGGGCGAAGGUGGAAGCUGAUGAGAAGAAGGGCGAAAAGGAGAAAGCGGCGAAGCAGGAGGUGAAGAUGAUGACGACUCAAGAAAGUUGGUCAUCGGUCCAAAAGUGGUCGGUCUUACAUAAGGAAAGGAUCAACUAUGAAGAAGAAAAACGAAAACAGCAGUCAAAGAACACAUGAAAGAAAGUGAUAAUGCAAGAAGUAGAAGAAGAAAGGGAAGAAAAUAAAUUGGGUUGGGUGGGAUUUGAAGGUGAGUCAAGGGACAUAAUAAAGGGGGGGGGCCUGCUGCGAAAAAAGUGGAUGUUGUAAGCCCACACUCGAAGGUCUGUAGUUCUCUACCACCUCGUGGCUGCCUGUGUCAUUGGUGUUUUUUGGCUUGCUUUCGGCCCGCCUCUUUGCGUAGACUGAUAUGGAGUUGCCCGCUGUGCGACCGUAUUCAGGAUAGUGACUACCAUGCUAGGUCUGUAGCGUUGGUUCUUGCUCUUCACGGCUUAGUACGUUACUGUACGCUUCUUGGAAGAAAUUCCUCGGGGCCUGGUCUCAACGCUGGUUUGGAAAAUCAGAUUGGAGACACAUG